ACCUAUCGGCAGCCUGCCCCAAUUUCCUGCCCCGUAUUCAGGUGCUUUCCACUUUGUGUCCCAAAGUUGUGGAACAUCCUUUCUUCUUCACUUCUCCUUUCAUUUGAUCUUCAUUCAAUUCUCUCUCUUUCUCUCAAACCCCAGAAACAUCUGCUGACAUACUAUUAAGGGGAUACGUUCAUAUUGAGAUGGAUAGGUCGGGUUUAGGAGGCGGGUUUUUAUCCGGAUCCAAUGUUCGAUUACUGGAUAUGGAAAUGCCGGUGGAUAAGCUCCAACAAACUCAGAUGGGUCAUCAAUUAAUGACCCAUCAAUCUCUUGAAUUACAUCCCUUAAACAUGAUGAGUAGUAUUGAAAAUGAGCACCCGUUAGGGUUUAUAGAGGCGAAAGGGUUAUCGUUGAAGGGUAUGUCUAUGGAUUUCGGUAAAGGGAAGGGAAUAUCUCUUAAUAAUAAUACUUCUAGUGAAGAUGAUGAACCAAGUUAUUAUACAGGGGAUGAUGUAAAUGGUGAAAAUUGUUGUUUGGUUAAAGAUACAAAGGAAUCACCGUGGCAAAGGAUGAAGUGGACCGAUAACAUAAUUAGGCUUCUAAUAGCAGUUGUUGCUUCUGUUGGGGAUGAGGGAAUGUUUGAAGCUAAAGAUGGUUUAAAGAGGAAAUCUGGAAUGUUGUUGCAGAAAAAGGGGAAAUGGAAAAUGGUCUCAAAUAUCAUGAUUAGUAAAGGUUGUUGUGUUUCUCCUCAACAAUGUGAGGACAAGUUCAAUGACUUGAAUAAAAGAUACAAGAAGUUGAAUGACAUUCUCGGUAGGGGAACUAGUUGCCAAGUGGUGGAAAAGCCGUGUUUGAUGGAUGCAAUGCCGCAUUUGACAGAAAAGGCGAAGGAUGAGGUGAAGAAGAUUUUGAGUUCGAAACAUUUGUUUUAUCGAGAAAUGUGCGCGUUUCAUAAUGGUCAGAGAAUACCGGGAUGUCACGACAUUGAUUUACAGGCUCAUUUAUUGCCUCAGCCAAAUGAGAACAACAAUGCUUCUGAGAUCCAUGAAGCUGAUGAAAAUUAUGAGUCAGAAAGUGAUGAUGACUCGUAUGAAGAUGAUGAUGAGAAGAAUUUUGAUACCAAAUCUGUGAGAAUUGAGGGAUGUUUUGCAAAAAGCAGCAUGAAUGGAGGAAGCAACACUAACUUCCCUUUAAUGGAGACAAUGUUUCAGGAUGUUGCAAAGUCACCGUUAGAACAAAGAUCGUUGAUUCAGCAGCAAAUGUGGCAACUUGAGGUGCAGAAGGUUAAGUUGCAGGGUGAAGCACUUGAACUUGAGAAACAGCGGCUUAAAUGGUUGAGAUUUCGAAGCAAGAAAGAUAGAGAGAUUGAGAGAUUGAGGUUGGAGAAUGAAAGGGGGAAACUUGAGAAUGAUCGGAUGGUUUUGUUGCUUAAACAGAAGGAAAUGAUGCUAGGUAUGCCAAAGUCAGAUACAUUGUUGGAGCCCAUUUCCCUUAGCAUUGAUAGACUCCAAGGUAGAGAUGGAAAUCAUGGAAUAAAAGCAGAUAGGCAUCUGUAACAGCUAAAGGAAAUAGGUCAGUUUUUCUUACUGAUACAUUGUAUGUAUACCACUUGAUUUUGUACAAGCAUAAUCUCGAUCUGACAUGGAGAGUUUUGUGUAAUGCUGUUGAAUUUUGAUCUUCCUAAAAUUCACUUUUGAGAGUUGAGGAACUAGCUUAUAUUCUACUUUUGCUGAGAUUAAUAUAUUCUCUGUUGAAAUUUGUUUCUCAUUUACUCUCUUAUCAGGAUGUUGUUUGGCUGGUUAUGUUGAAACUAUGAAAGAUCUUGACUUUUCUGCUUUUUCUUA